UGUCAGAUUCUUGUGGAACCAGCUUUGGCGGGAAAAACCUCACAACGAGUUAUUACUUACUCGCGACGGAUUCGUAUUUGAUAAUACGUGCAGAAUUAGAAGAAUACGUUGGAGCACGAGCGUCACUCCAAUCCCUAGCCAUGGAGUCCAAUCCCUCGCCAGCGCUGCUGCGAUUUUGAUCGCGAGCACUAUCGCCGGCUCGGAAUUGUGAGGCCUUCUCCUUGGUAUCUCUGAUCUCUCUCUUUGUUGAGCUAGGGUUUUGGAAGCUAUUGUGGCAGGGGAAUUGAUCGAAAAUAAUCUUGCCUCAGCUCUGGCAAAUUCCUUCUCCGCAGGGAAUCGGUGCUUGCGUCAAGUAAGAACGUAUCAGUUCUCUAUUGCGGUCAAUGUUCUGAUUCUUACUUACUUGUGAUGCUUUGGUGUGAUUGUUGAUGAUUGUGAUUUUUCUGCAUAACAAAUGCUUUAAAGGAAAAUGAGUUCGAGGAGGUCAUCUUGGUGCUUCAGCAGGCGCCCUAGAAAUUAGAUUAGGGGUUUUUAGUUUCUAAAUAUUUAACUUCUUUGUUCUUUGCUCUAGUUGGCCCGUGUUUGGUGUUAUCUCUUGAUUGUAGCACUAGGUGAACAUAAUUAUUGAUACUUGAAGCUUUCAACCAGGGCUACAUAGUCAGUCCAUUGAAAGUAGCUUCUGUUUCUAGAAAUUGAUAGGGAAUGUAGAUCUUGUCUUCUGGAUUAAAUCUAAUAAGUUAUAGUGGUUGAGGUGAGGUGAGGUGAAGCUGCAAAGGAAUGCAACUGGAACAUCAAACAGGGAAUGAAUUGAACGAUGGAGAAGAUCUUGAUCUCUACACCAGAAGUGGCUCUGACAUUGGUGAAAAGGACCAUGAUUUCUAUACAAUAUUAAUACCUUUUAAGAUCUUUUUAUCUUCUGUUUCUUUAUUUGUGGGUAUUAUACUUUAAAAUUAUGCGGGGUUCCCUGUUUUUCACAUAAUGGCAGCCAGGUUAAGUCUCUCCAGCGCCAGGUUAAGGUAAUUACUCUGACAUUAAUAAAUUAGGCCAUUCAUUUCGUUCAAUUAGCCCUGAGGAGUCAGAAUUUAUUCUGUUUAUUUCUUUUCUAUAGUUCUUGUGAGUAAAACUUGCUGGUGUGAACCCAAGACUAGAUGUAACCUAUGAUAAGCUCUCGGGGCAAGAGAUAAUGUAUAAGUACCAGAAGAACUUCCAAAUAGUAAAAUUUUGCAGCCUGACAAACUUCAUUUGGAACUAACUUAUUGUAUGGACUCAUAAUGAUUAUAGUAUUUCAAGGUUGGUUUGAUUAUAUUGCUCUUCUCCUGAGGUAGUAAUACUUCAUACAAUUGCAGAUUUGUUUGCUUUAUUUGAUAUCCGCUUAUAUGUGAUGUUUGUGGAAUGCAACUGAUCGGUCAACGGUCAUGACAUGUACGCAAUGUGUUCGGUGAAAUUCCUCAAAUAGUAAGGAUUAGGGGUUUAAGAUUCUUUUGUUCUUCUGCUCUGUGCUCUGUAUAAUCAUCACUACCUUAGCCACCAUUCUUGUGAUGUACUGUGAGAAUUAGCUGAAGGCUCUUAAUUUGCGCUUUUUCAAACAAAGGACAGAUCAUUUCAUCAAUAAUUACAAGAAUCUUUGUUCACCUAGUAUCUCUUUUUUGUGUUGCGUAGGAGCUCCAAACCAAAGUUGGUCUGGUAGUCUAUCACCAAGCAUAGGCAACUUGGCAAAUGUCCAGCUUGUGUGAGUUUUCAGUUUACACAAAGCCAUUCCUGUGCUGUUUUUGCCACUCUAAAUGUGCUAAAUGUUAUACUUCUCUUUUGUUGUUGUUCAGGCUUAACAACUUCAAUAGCUAUGGAUAAGGUAAUGCAUAUGUCCAACUGGUUAUAAUCACUAAGUAUACAUCAACCUAGUCAUUGCUCUAGAUAAGAUGCUUAAGUUCUGUUCUUUUGCCUGUCUUCCUCGCGAUGGUAAUUCUAGGCCGGGCAGAUGGAAUAUGAAAAGGGGGUUCUAGUAACUGCUGCUGUAGUAGGUACUGGGUAAUUUGCUGUCCAUUUUUUCGGUUAGUGAAUUAAGGAGAUAGGACUUUAUGCCCCUCAUUUCAUGUUAGUAGUUAUUUGUGUCACCAGAUAGAAACAGGCAUCAAAAUGCUCUUCAAAAGGUCUUUAACCUUGUGUAAUCACCUUUUCAGGGCUGCCGAGUUUUGUCUUAGAUAGUUUAGCUAUUUCUUGUUGCUCCCAGCGUGGCUUCAGCAGUUUACAGCUCCAAUCUUGGCUUAUUGGAGGCGGAAAUGAACAAUACAAAUGACAUGCUUGUAACUAUGAGUGUUUUAGAACUCUUUGAUGAGUUGCCUGAAGUUGAGCAUGGGACAUAACUCUUAUUCAAUUUACUUACUCGUAGUCAUAGAAGAGGGAGAGUCAUCGGGGAAGUGGAUGAUGCAUUCAAGUUCAGAGAUGAAUCUGUCAGGUGUGGAAUCCCUUAUUUUGGCUAGUGAAGGGAGCCUUCUGUCAGAAGCCUGGACUCUAAUGAGUGUGAAUAUGCACAUGAAGCAUUGGGCCAAAUUGGAUUAUGGCUGCUGAGAUGCAGCAAAAGCUGCCGCCUUCGAUGGACUAAGUUGGGGGUGAACAAACACACCCGUAAACUGACCCAUCCGUUCAACCCGACCCAACCCACCCGUAUUUAUCUCUAAAACUAAGGUUUUGGGUUGGGUGAAGGUUUUCUUUUCUACAACCCGCCUCUUUUGGGUUGGGUUUGGGUUUUGGAUUACACAACCUGUAGAACCCAACCCGUGUUCCAACUAUUGAUAUGAGUUCGUAUCCAAAAAAUAUUUAUGUCGUAUAUAACCAUACUUAUUAGAAAAUUAAGAUAUUUCGCCAUAUUUUUCUCUCAUGCUCUCACUAAUCUAAUGCAUUUUUCGGGUUAAAGUUUAGACACAGAUUUAAUAUAGCUAUGAUUCACGU